AUGGUGGAUGAUGAUGUUGGAAUGAUGAUGGUGGAAUGGGAGAGGCUUAGAGAUGAUGGAGGUUCAGUCAGGGUUAGAGAGGUUAGAGGAAGAGAGUUUAUAAUUUUAAGAGUUAAGACAACGAUUCAAACUGACUCAAUGUUUAAUUUGCUGGAAGCUACAAGCGAUAUUGAAGGAUGUAUUACUCAUAGACUAGGGGGUGGUGGUGAUUAUUAUGGAUAUAAAUCUUGGGUUUACAGGCCAAAAGGCUUUACUAAAAAGAUAAAGAUUAGUGUUCGACAUAAAUGUGUUGUUCACUCCAUUAACUUUCAAACUUACCUAACAACAGGUGAAACUGUAAGCAAGGGUGGAAAUCGAACCGACACGAUUUGCAUUGACUACCCUGAUGAAUAUCUAAAGUCAGUACGUGUGACAAUAUGUCAUCAUGAUGGAACGUAUGUAGUGCAGUCAAUAUGUUUUACUACAAACCAGAACUGUUAUGGUCCGUUUGGUAAAACUAAAUACGGUAGUGUUUACGCGAGUGAUCACAUAAGAGGGAUGAUUGUAGGAUUUCAUGGGUAUGCUAGCACAUACCUUAAUGCUAUUGGAGUUUAUGUGAUGAAGUCAUGCUUGAGAUUCAUUCUCUAGUCUCUAAAAUACUUUUGUUGUAUGUCUAGAAUCACAAUGCCAAGGGACGCAGGCCCAUGGGGAGCGGGUGGGGGUAAACCUUGGGAUGAUGGAAUUUUCUCCACUAUCAAACAAAUACGCGUUCAUGAAGGAGAGCUGAAUGUAAUUUACGCGCUUUAGUUUGAAUAUCUUAAAAAGAAUGGUAACACUGUGUCACAUAUCCAUGGAGGAACAAAUGGAGUUAAAAACAUACAACUGGUUAAUUUGGAUGAUAAGGAUGAGUAUCUAAUUGGCAUAUCCGGAUUUUAUGGACCUGUUAAAGGGUCUGAUGGGCUGGAAGCUAUAGCGUCGAUUAGUUUUCACACGAACAAGAAGACUCAUGGGCCUUUCGGAGACGAAAGGGGCGGAGGGUAUACUUGUUAUAGUUCAACCACUUGUCCAGGGAAAGUAGUUGGUUUUCAUGGCAGGAGUAAUGGUUUUUUAAGUGCAAUUGGUGUUCAUAUGGAGUACUUCUGA